AUGGCAAGCGAUAACACCGCCUACGUACAAGACGCCGACGACGAUACCGGCUACGCCAUCGGAGAGAAAACCUACGCCCGCUCUAUUGCUCCCGGCAGCCCAACCAAAGAAAAGGCCAACAGUGGCAAAUCUCGUGGAAAAGACACCAUGAGGAGAUCAUCGUCUUCCCCCCAGCAUGGUCUGACAGACUCGGACGACACCGUCCACCCUACACCUACAGAGAAAAGGGAUCGCGCGAGACGCCUAAAGGAGAGGGAGUUGAGGGAGCGUGAACGCAAAGAAGAGAGCCGCCGCAUCAAGGAGGAGCAAAAGGCUGCUGAACGUCGCGAGCGUGAAAAGGCCACCCACAAGAAGUCCGCUGUUCGACCCUCUCCCAAGCAUGUCAAGACGGCCCCAAUCGUCCACACUCAACACUCGGAUGAGUACCGGAGGCCACGUUUUGAAGAUGAGGCUUCUCAAUACGGCAUCCAGCCGGCUCCAGGACCCGGAAACCGCCAGAGGGCCAUGCCCAAGCGCCCCAAUAGCUAUUACGGGCAGGGCUCCCGACCACCCCCUGCCAACGAGAGAUGGUACGCCCAGAACACGCCGUUCCCGUUUCCUCCGCCUUCGAUGCAGCCAUUGCAGCCGAUGCAGCCGAUGCCUCAGAUGCCUCACCAGUCCCCAUUCACGCCGGGGACGUCGUACCCUACACCCUCAUGGGCUCCGGCUGGCGGCGUACCUCAUCCAGUGCAAGCCCCGCCGUCAUCAGCAAGCGACUACUUCCCGCCUUCUCAUGCCCCUUCAAAUGUUCCUCACCACGCUCCUCCGGUCGCUCAGGGACAAGCCCAUCUGGCACAACGCUUUCAAAGGCCUUCUUCUGCUAUGGGCUACCGCUCCAUGUCCUCCGGCUCUUUCGAGCACGACCCUUACGAGAAAGAGAACGUCGUCAGGCGGCGAUCAGUAAAGGUACGCGAUGUCGAAGCCCGGAAGCUCAUGCCGCCUCCGCCUCGGCCAAAGACGAGCCAACCUCCUCGACAGGCUCUUAAGCCACCCCCGGCGCCGCGACAAAUCACUUCAACGGGCUACGAGUCUGAAGACCUAGACGGCGACGAAUCUCUAUAUCAGGAAGUUGUGCGAUACGAAUAUGACGACGGUGUCUUGGACCGGCCUCGCUCUCACCGUCGAGGUUCAAGUGCUUACAGCCGCGACGGUUACCGCAUUGAGCCUGCAUCGAGUAGCGCCCGGCGUCACUCGUACAUGGGCGUUUCUGCCGGCAGCUACUCAGAACAAAAGUUUGCCGCCGCCGAGGACGCUGCUCUGGCUUACCAAAAUGGCGUCAACGGCGGCCCUACCACGCCACUCACUGCGGCGGCACUUAAAGCGGCCAAGAAGAGCAAGAGCAGUCGUUCCAGUGGUAGCAGCGAGAGCCGCGACGAAAGCGAGUUCCGGCAGAGCGCUACGACGCGGACCACUCGAUCAUCUGCCAUUGACAGCGAAGACGUCACCAUCAAGGUUACCGGCAGCGCCGUCCUAAAGAUCGGCAACGCCGAGAUCCAAUGCCAGGAUGGUGGUGAAAUCAAUAUUACCCAGGCCGGCCGUCUUGGGGGUAGCGACAAGGCGAGCACCAUCUACUCAGAUGAUCGCCAAAGCCGGAGGGAGAGACUGCCCAUCCGUGCCCGAGCUUCGAGCCAAGCCGACUCGUGGGCCCAAAGCCAGGUUAGCGAUUACUAUCCUUCGCAGGGAAGACCGCCAUUCUUUUGA